AUGCGCGAUGACAGGCUCCCCUUCGAGGCCAGAGAGCCGGACGGGAUGAAGACAAUGGAUGCCAAGGCGGACACGAAAGCGGGCCAGGAAAUGACGGGCGCCGAGAUGGUGCUGGAAGCGCUGAAGGACAAUGGCGUCCGGCACAUAUUCGGCUAUCCGGGCGGCGCGGUGCUGCCGAUCUAUGACGAACUGUUCCAGCAGGACGCGAUCGAGCACAUUCUGGUGCGGCACGAGCAGGGCGCCGGCCAUGCGGCCGAAGGCUAUGCGCGGUCGACCGGCAAGGUCGGCGUCGUCUUGGCGACAUCGGGCCCGGGCGCCACGAACUGCGUCACCGCGCUGCAGGACGCGCUGAUGGAUUCGAUCCCGAUGGUGUGCAUCACCGGGCAGGUGCCGACCACGCUGAUCGGUUCGGACGCUUUCCAAGAGUGCGACACGGUCGGCAUCACGCGGCCCUGCACCAAGUACAACUGGCUGGUCAAAUCGGUCGCCGACCUGCCGCGCAUCCUGCACGAGGCAUUCCAUGUCGCCCAGACGGGCCGUCCGGGUCCGGUCGUCGUCGACAUACCCAAGGAUGUCCAGUUCGCCUCGGGCAUCUAUGAGGGGCCGCACGUUGCCCAGGAGCGUGUCAGCUACCGGCCCGUCAUGGACCCGGACGCCGAUGCGAUCCGCCGCGCCGUCGCGCUGAUGGCGUCAGCCAGGAAGCCGAUCAUCUAUUCGGGCGGCGGCGUGAUCAAUUCCGGCGAUCGCGGCAGCGAGCUGUUGCGCGAACUGGUGGCCGAGACCGGCUUUCCGAUCACCUCGACACUGAUGGGCCUUGGCGCCUAUCCGGCCUCGGGCGAAAACUGGAUCGGCAUGCUGGGCAUGCACGGCACCUAUGAAGCGAACAUGGCGAUGCAUGAUUGCGACGUGAUGAUCAAUAUCGGCGCGCGCUUCGACGACCGCAUCACCGGCCGGAUCGACGCGUUCUCGCCGAACUCGCGCAAGAUCCACAUCGAUAUCGAUCCCUCGUCGAUCAACAAGGUCGUCCACACCGAAGUCGGCAUCGUCGCCGAUGUGGCCCAUGCGCUCGAGGCGCUGCUGGACGCGUGGCGAUCGGCCGGCCACAGGCCCGACAGGAAAAAGCAUGCGCCCUGGUGGGAGCAGAUCGGCAAGUGGAAGGCACGCGACUCGCUGGCCUAUUCGCCAUCGGGCGACGUGAUCAUGCCGCAAUAUGCGAUCCAGCGGCUCUACGAGGCGUCCAGGGCGAGCGGCAAGGACACGUUCAUCACCACGGAAGUGGGCCAGCACCAGAUGUGGGCGGCGCAAUAUUUCGGUUUCGACAAGCCCAAUCGCUGGAUGACAUCGGGCGGGCUGGGCACGAUGGGCUACGGCCUGCCGGCGGCGCUGGGCGUGCAGAUCGCCCAUCCCGACGCGCUGGUCAUCGACAUUGCCGGCGACGCCUCGAUCCAGAUGAACAUCCAGGAAAUGUCGACGGCGAUCCAGUACGGCACGCCGAUCAAGAUCUUCAUCCUCAACAACCAGUAUAUGGGCAUGGUGCGCCAGUGGCAGCAAUUGCUGCACGGCAAUCGCCGCUCGCACUCCUACACCGAGGCGAUGCCCGAUUUCGUCAAGCUGGCGGAGGCCUAUGGGGCCCAUGGCAUCUAUUGCGACAAGCCCGGCAAGCUCGACGAUGCGCUGGCCGAAAUGAUCGAGAUCGACGGGCCGGUCAUCUUCGACUGCCGGGUGGCGGCGCUGGCCAACUGUUUCCCGAUGAUCCCGUCGGGCAAGGCACACAAUGAGAUGCUUCUGCCGGACGAAGCGACCGACGAGAUGAACCGAUCCGCUCCCGGCGUUGCCGACUACGGUCUGCUCGUCACGCUUUCGCUGAUCUGGGGCAGCGCGUUCCUUUUGUCGAAGAUCGCGGUGGCCGACUUCGCACCGUUGACGAUCACGCUCGUCCGGCAAGUGCUUGCCGUACUGCUUCUGGGCGGCAUCGUUCUGGCGCUGCGCCGGCCAUUGUUCCGGCCGACGCGGCGCGACCAGCUGUUCAUGAUCAUCUGCGCGGCGACCGGCACGGUGAUCCCGUUCACCGCCAUCAAUUGGGGCGUUGCGGUGAUCGACAGCGGGCUGGCGGCGAUCCUGAUGGGCUUCAUGCCGCUGGUCGUGCUGGUGCUGGCGCAUUUCCUGACGCGCGACGAGAAGCUGACGGUGCCGAAGGUGGCCGGCGUCGUGCUCGGCCUGAUCGGCCUUGCCAUCCUGUUCUGGCCGGCGCUGGUCGAAGGGUUCGGCAGGGAUGUGUGGCGCCAGCUCGCCGUGCUCGGCGCGGCGACGGCCUAUGGCGUCAACGCGCUGUCGGUCAAGCAGCUCGUGCGUCAUCCGCCCAUGGUGCUGAUGACCUAUAUCACGCUGUGGACGCUGGUGAUCCUCGUUCCGCUCACGUUCCUGUUCGAGCAGCCCUUCGCCGCGACGCCGACGCAGUCGUCGGUGCUGGCGCUUGUCGCACUGGGCGUUUUCCCCUCCGCUGUCGGCGCGCUGUUCAUGUUCGCCAUCAUCGAGCGGCAGGGCGCUUCGUUUUUCGGCCAGAUCAACCUUCUUGUGCCGUUGGCCGGGGUUCUGGUCGGCGUCAUGUUCGCCGGCGAGCGGCCGGGCCUGAACGCGCUGGCGGCGCUCGUCAUCAUCGUGUCCGGCGUGGUGGUCGCCCGCCUCAAGCCGGCUGACACGUCGGCGCCCGAAAGCCACACAUUGUCGAUCCUGGUCGACAAUGAACCGGGUGUGCUGGCGCGGGUGAUCGGCCUUUUCUCCGGCCGCGGCUACAACAUCGAAAGCCUGACGGUUUCCGAGACCGAGCACGAAAAGCACCUGUCGCGGAUCACCAUCGUCACCAGCGGCACGCCGCAGGUGAUGGAGCAGAUCCAUACCCAGCUCGAACGGAUCGUGCCGGUGCACAAGGUGACGGACCUGACCGUCAUCGCCCAUCAUGAAGGCUACGAGAAGCCGCUGGAGCGGGAACUGGCGCUGAUCAAGGUGCGCGGUGCGGGGGAAAACCGGCUCGAGGCGCUGCGGCUGGCCGAUGCGUUCAAGGCCAAUGUGAUCGACGCCAAUGUCGAUCAUUUCGUCUUUGAGCUGACCGGCCGGACCAACAAGGUCGAGCAGUUCAUCGCCAUCAUGGCGCCGCUCGGCCUGGUCGAGGUCUGCCGCACCGGUGUUGCCGCCAUGCGACGUGGCCGCGAGGGGAGACGGUCGUUGGCCGACCGCCUGAUCAACCCCCACCGCGGCGCGGGUCUGCCAGACCUUGUUUCGCCCUUGCCCGCCCAUGAUGGGCGGGCGGUCGCCGACCUUCUGGACCUGUGCCCGGCCCACGCGCCGACGCCGCUCGCGGAUGCGCCGGGGCUGGCCGAAAAGGCCGGCGUCGGCCAGUUGAUGCUCAAGGACGAGCGGUCGAGAAUGGGGCUUGGCUCUUUCAAGGCCCUUGGCGCGGCAUAUGCCAUUGCCCGCCAGGCCGCCGAUGCGCGUCAGGGAGACAAUUGGUCGGACGCGCUCGCCGGGCGCACCUUCGUGACGGCCAGUGCGGGCAAUCACGGCCUGUCGGUUGCCGUAGGCGCGCGGCUUUUCGGCGCCGACGCCGUGGUCUACCUGGCCGAAACCGUGCCCGAGACGUUCGCCGAGCGGCUGCGGGCCAAGGGUGCGCAGGUUCGGCGUGCAGGCGCCACCUAUGAGGAGAGCAUGGCUGCCGCCGAAGCCGCCGCCGCCACCGACGCAACGCUGCUGUCCGACAGUUCCUGGCCCGGCUACACCGAGAUGCCGUAUCGCGUGAUGGAGGGCUAUCUGCAGAUGGCGAGCGAGGCCGCCGGGCAGAUCGGCGACCCGCCCGGCGUCAUCCUGUUGCAGGCCGGGGUUGGCGGCAUGGCGGCGGCGGUCGCGGCCCAUGCAAGGUCGGUCUGGGGCGAUGGUCCGCGGAUCGUCGUCGUCGAACCGGAAGCCGCGCCUGCGCUGAUCGACAGCAUCCGCGCCGGCAGGGUGAUCGAUACGGACGGGCCGGUGUCCUCGAUGGGCCGGCUCGACUGCAAGACGCCCUCGAUGAUCGCGCUGGCCGGCCUGGCGCGCGACGCCGACCUGUUCGUCACGAUCACCGAGGCGGAGGCCGCGGCGGGUGUCGCGGCGCUCGGGCGUGCAGGGUUUGCCACGACGCCGUCCGGUGCCGCGGGCGUGGCAGCCUUGUUGACGGGCGCGGCCCCGAAGAUGGUUGAGCGCUCGCUGGUCUUUCCGGCAGCGGAGUUCCGACGGCGUGUCGCGGGGCUGCAGGCGCAGAUGGAUGACGCGGAACUGAACGCGCUGCUCCUGACGACACCGGCCGACAUCUUCUAUGUCACCGGGUUCCUGACGCGGUUCUGGGAAAGCCCGGCAAGGCCGUGGUUCGUGAUCGUACCGGCGUCCGGCGAUCCCGUUGCGGUGAUCCCGGCCAUCGGUGCCGCGCUGAUGGGGCGGAGCUGGGUCCGCGAUAUCCGGUCGUGGGAUGCGCCCGAUCCGGACGACGACGGCGUAAGCCUGCUGGCCGAGACGCUUUGCGAGAUGGUGCCCGAAGGUGGGCGGAUCGGCGUCCCGAUGGGCGAGGAAACCCAUUUGCGGAUGCCGCUUGCCACCUAUGACGCCGUCUCGGGCCGCAUCGGGCCGCGACGCUUUGUCGAUGCGACCGAGCCCGUGCGGCGGGUGCGCGAGAUCAAGUCCGAGCCGGAGAUCGAGCGCAUCCGCGCAGUCUGUGCCGUCGCGGACGCGGCGUUUGCCCGCGUGCCCGAGAUUGCGCAUGGUGCCGGAACGCUUGCCGGCCUGUUCCGGUCGUUCCAGGCCGCGCUGCUCGCGGCCGGCGCCGACUGGGUCAGCUAUCUCGCCGGCGGCGCUGGAAGGGACGGCUAUGGCGAUGUCAUCUCGCCCGCCGAGGAGCGGCCCUUGCAACGCGGCGAGGUGCUGAUGCUCGACACGGGCGCGGUCAAGGACGGCUAUUUCUGCGACUUCGACCGCAACUAUGCGGUCGGCCGGCCCACCGACGCGGUCCUUCGGGCGCAUGCGGCCCUGUUCGCCGCAACCGAUACGGCGCUCGACGCGGUUCGCCCGGGCAUGUCCGCCCGAGCCGUCCACGGGCUUUUGAGCGCCUCGCUGCGCGCGCACGGAGCAACGCCCGCACCGGGCCGGUUCGGUCACGGUCUGGGCAUUUCGCUGACGGAGUGGCCAUCGAUUUCGCCAAAGGACGAGACGAUCCUGCGCGAAGGCAUGGUGCUGACACUGGAGCCCGGCGCCGAGGUCGUUCCCGUUGCCGGAGCUCGUGCCGUGACGGGCGCGUCCUACCGGCUGUCGGGGCCAAUCGGAACACGCGCCACGUUCGGGCUGAUCGCGCUUCGCGUGGACGAGACUGUCGAACACGAUUUCCGGCGGCUGUGCGCGGCGCCCGACAUCGCGCUGCACGUCACGCGGAUCGCUUCCGGCGACGAUCUGACGCCCGAGACGAUCGCGACGAUGGAGGCUGCCCUGCCGCAGUCCGCAAGCCUGUUGCCGCCAGCCGCGGCCUUUGACAGCGUCGGCUAUGCCUGCACGUCGGGCGCAACAUUGAUCGGCGCCGAUCGGGUCGCCCAACUCGUCCGUGGCGCGACCCGGACCAGGGCGGUGGCCGACCCGCUGACGGCCACCAUCGAAGCGCUGCAGGCGCUUGGCGUCCGCCGGAUCGGGCUGGUCUCGCCCUAUAUCGACAGCGUUGCCGGGCCCAUCCGCGAAGCGCUCGUGGCGGCGGGGCUGGACGUGCCGGCCAUCUUGUCGUUUGGCGAACAGGUCGAAGCGCGGGUGGCGCGGAUCGAUCCGGAAUCGAUCCGGCAGGCCGCGCUGGCCGUCGGCGGCAGGGCGGACGUCGACGCCGUUUUCGUCUCGUGCACGAACCUGCGCACGCUCGACAUCGUCGACGAUGUCGAGGAGCGUCUUGGCCUGCCGGUCGUCACCAGCAAUCUCGCCCUUGCCUGGCAGAUGUUCGGGCACGCCGGCACGCCGCCGGCCAUCGCGCCGGGGAGGCUCUUGCGUUCAGCCGCCCCGUGA